AUGAGGAAGAUGAGGGAGCAGGUCGAGGCCAUCUUAGCGGCUCAGAGACGGGGAGAAGAUGUGGAGACUUCCAAGAAAUGGGCUGCCGGUCAGAACAAACAGCAUUCUAUCACCAAGAACACGGCCAAGCUGGACCGGGAGACUGAGGAGCUGCACCAUGACCGGGUGACCCUGGAGGUGGGCAAAGUCAUCCAGCAGGGCCGGCAGAGCAAGGGGCUGACCCAGAAGGACCUGGCGACGAAAAUCAACGAAAAGCCACAGGUCAUCGCGGACUACGAGAGCGGACGGGCCAUUCCUAAUAACCAGGUUCUGGGCAAAAUUGAGAGAGCCAUUGGCCUCAAGCUGCGGGGGAAGGACAUUGGGAAGCCCAUCGAGAAGGGGCCAAGGGCGAAAUGAACACAAAGCCUCGAAAUCUGCGCUCCAGCUGCUCCCUCCUGGCUGGUUGCCCUUGACCACCAGUGCCAGUGUGGCCCCUCCACUUGGCCAAGCGGAGCACAGGGCAGUAGCACUGCCUGGGAACCUCCUGCCCACAUCUGCUGUCAAACAAAACCUUGCAAAGUGUUUGCUUCUCCUGGUAUUUUUUUCCUGACUCUUGUCCCUCAGAUUGGGGUGCACAAUGCUACCCUCCUCUCCCCCAUGUUUGCAUAGUCUCAGUGUGGCUCCCAGGGGAACACUGAGUGGGGCUGCCUCGCUUGGCGGGGCUGUGGGUGGGGGGCCCGGCCGGGAAGAGAAGGUGCGCCCCCUAGUUAGGCUUUUAGAAAAGCUAAUAAACAUUUGUAGCCCUA